AUAGGACUCUACCUCCAACUGUUAUUGGCUUAUUGGCCGAGACACGUUAUAAUGGAUUGUGACGUACAUAAUACGUAAACCUUCUACAUCUUAUUUAACCUGGCAAAAUAUUACAGUUGUUAAUACAACAAAGUUUAAGCCACUAAACGUUCGCAUACAGAGAGAAAUGGAAAGAAUGCAAAGUGACAUGUCAAAAACGAAAGAAAAACAACUAGCUAAUGUUUCAAAACUUUUACAGGAAGAUUUUGCUUGUAGGGUUGAAGUUGAUCCAUACCAGCAGACUGGCCCUUAUCCUCAAUACAGAUCAUCUCCAAGCGUUCUCUUUAAGACAGAAAUGGAAAGCAUGCAAAGUGAAACGUUAAAAAUGAAAGAGCUGCUAACUACUGUUUCACAACUUUUGCAGGAAGAUUUGGCUCAUAGGACUCAAGCUGAUUCUCACAAGAAGACUGGCCCACAUCCUCAACACAAAUCUUCAGGGCACCGAGCACCUGUAAAAGAGGCAAUCUCCCCGGAUGACCAUGAGGAUUAUGACUCUGGCUAUGAAUCUGUAACAGGGCAUAGAGAUCGCAUCAGGAGACCACACCAAGAGAAGAGACCAGUUCGAUCUAUUUUGAAAAAACCAUCAAGCAGUAAUCAGGAAAGUAAAAAAGAGACAAGAAGAGUUCGAUUUCAAUUAGAGACUAAGAGUCCAAGUCGGAGGACUGUUAAAAAUCUUCGACAAGGUAAUAGUUUACCAAACUGGCAGAAUAUUGUUGGCGAAGUUUGUUUUCAGCUAAAUUGCAGCAUCUUGAUGCACAUUUUUGGCAUCCAUUUCCAAACCUUAGGUUGCACAGUGAAAAACAUCAAUCAGAAAAUCAAGGAGCUGACUUUUGAUUCAUUUAACCAACAUGUAUACUCCGAACAACGAAAUUUGCUGAAACAACGUUAUACAGAUGUACUAAACAGGAUGCAGGAAUGUGGUUACAAGCCACAGGUACACCCAGAUUUUUGUGAAAAUGCAGUCAGUACUUAUGGUAGACUGAAAUAUUCUGAACAUUUUGCUUUGAAUGACUACAACUCCCUAUACAAUGCCAUUAGCAGAAUAGGCCCUGCCGACAUCCAGGCAGAGUGCCUCAUACUACUGGACUGCUUAAACUGUUUAGCGAUGGAUGCCAACUCCCUUCUUCUGUGGUAAAACAAUGCCAAUGGCUCAUGGAUUUGCCAGAAGGAAGCUUCUUCUUUUUGCACAUGCUUUCAUCAGCUCAUUUUCUUCUAAAAGUAUACAGAAAACAACUUCCAAAUAUUGCUGUAUGCAUUAGAAAGCAGGUCCUUCAACCAGCAUGCAUAGAUUGCUACAUGCAAAGACGGAAAUAUCCCACUAUUAUUCAACUUUAAAGCUAAUACUGGAACAAUCUAAGCAUUUAAAAAUUUGGCAGCAUUUACAAGCUGACUUCUUAUUUACCUUUAGAAGCUUAUUUAGACAAAAGUGUGUGCAUUUCAUUCCUUUAGUGUUAGAAUACACAAAUAUUGUGAUAUCAGUCUUUUAUUGGACCAACACAAAUUUAUGCAGUACAAUGUGUACAUUGUAACAACAUAUACUGGAAGAAAAGAGAUUAAUCCACCUGUCUUUGAAAAAUAUUCUUUAUGGAUUAAGCCAUAAAUAUGUUGUCCCAAGUUUUGAAGGGAGCCAGAGACACAAUGUGUGUGCUGCAGAAUAGUUUGUAGCGCCUGUAGAAAGAAUGGAAUGGUUCUAUUAUUUUAUGGCUUCCAUAUGCUUAUGAACAAGGAUCAUUUGCAUAUAUCCCAUGUGCCUCUGAUACAAGAGGUUUGGGAGGUCACUUAGUGGAAG